AUGUUUCCGCAAUGUCUCUGCAAUGUCCAACAUCAUCAACACCUCACCGAAUCCUCGGACGACGAAUCUGAGGACUCUGACGGAGGAGAAGGCGAAGAAGAAACUUCUGAAGAACACUGCUGCAGUAUUCUUACGGCGUCAGGGCGGCAAAAUGUCCUUCAGCACGUGUAUGCCGGCCUUGCUGUUGUGCUUGGCGUAGGGGACAUGACAGAGCGGCUGAAAUAUAACAUCAUUCACCACACCUUCUGGUCGAACUUGGUCUUGGCGUUCUUCCUUGGCUUUUGGAUUGCUUUGAUUGGGCUGCCCAACUACUGCCUGACUGCCCGGCUGUUCCUGUAUGGUGAGACGGCACAGACAGCGGAGAUACAAGCCUCACGCGGCAUUGACUGGGACCUCAGGGGAGUCCCUAUGGCAAAGUCUGUGGAUAUCGACCAGGGCAACUACUUCCCCACCCUGAAAGGCAACAAGCCUCUCUACGCCUUGCCAGAAAACUUUUCACAAGAACCUAUCUUGGCAUUUGGCGCCAUCUGCCUGCACGAGUGUGAGUCCAGUCGACGCUGCUCCAGUUGGUCCUGGCGGGAGAGGAGCAACGGUCACAUUUUUGGUGGAGUAUGCCAGCUUUAUCCAGAGGAUGCCAUUGUAGACACCAGACUUGCCUACGAUUGGCAACAUUGGAUUGGCGGAAGUUGUCAGUCCAAGGCAAAGCAGGACUUCUACUGCGAGGAGAAUGAUUAUGGAAGCAUGACGACUGAAACGGCACUGACGCAAAAGCCAGAUCUCAGGCCGUGGAACGAGGACUUGGAGCCAUGGAGCGGAUCACGAAAGCAAUUGUGGUGCGGCCUUCUGCCGGAGAAGUGGGCUGCUACAUGGCCGAAUGUUGUGCAAAUGGUGGUGUUUACUGUUUUUGGGGGCACUGGCACGACCUUGAAGCUUGCUUGGCAGGGCUUCAUAGGGACUUCCUGUGCUUGUGUGAACAUUUUUGCAAUGUCAUUAUUCUUCCCUCACGGGGGAAAGGGGCAUACAUGUACAAAAGAAGAAGCAGCGCAUGGCCAAUGCUUCGAAGGCGAGAUGGUAUACCAGUCGAGAGGCUACAGAGAUUGGAUUGGAUGGUUGGAUACCCUUGGUGUGCUCUUCCUGUUCAUGGCCUCGAACUCGCAGACCAACACCAUCAAGUUCGGUAUGUCCUGGCACUUCUUCUUCAUGAUGGAUUUUAUGAAUCCAAACAGCGGCCGUACGCAGUGCCCAGAAGAAGACAGGAUUAUUCUCGGCUAUAUUUGCGUCAACGAGUACUGGUUCGUGGUGCUGGUGACUACGGUGUUGGGUUGUGUGUUCUCCGUGGUUGCUACUUUCGUGCCCUGCCCGCUUUUCAACUCUAGGAAGGCCUACCAGGAAAUGCUCUCCACAGUGGGAGCACUCAGUAAGAGCUGGGAAGAAGCAGUUGAGUACAUGUGUGGAGGUAAACGCACGGCCGAAAGAUACAACCUUGCAGCAAAGAUCGAUGCGAUCAGGCAGAUGAUUGCGAAUGUCAAGCCCAACCUUGACGAUGCUUGGUGGGAAUCUGCGUUGCUGGGCACGUACGAACCUCGACGCAAGCUGCUGGAUCAAAUCCUUCGGAACCUUAAGGACAUUGUGGACAUUUUGCCUGCUUUGAAAUCUUGCAUACUCAACGAAGAUUUCCGUGGAAGCAAGUACCAUGAUUUGGUUCGAUCCUUUCACCCAGAGUUGAAGAUGAUGGCGCAAGUCGCAACCCAACUCACUGAGGAUUGCUUGCGUGCCAGCUAUGCCUGGCACGUAGCCCCAGAAAAGCGUGAACGGAUCAAGGCCUCUGCUGAGUGGAUGAGGGAGAAGAAGCAGCAGCUGGUUCUACGUUACGCACAGAUACUUCAGGCAGAGCUGUCCGAAGACACCGUGGCUGAGAGCAUGCUGGCUUUCACUGUGUCUUUCACAUCGCGCAAGGCUGCCGAUCUGGCGGACCUCGUCCUCCAAUGGGAUGAAGCCGGCAGCAGCUGGCAUUGUUGGCGAGGUCACAACUUCAUCCAUCUCAUGAAGGGAUGUUGGGAAGGCCUCCGGCAGACCUGGGCCCCCAGCAACAUGCUCAGUAAAGAGCACCUCUGGUUUGCUUUGCGAAAUUUUGUUGGCAUCGCCAUUGUGUUCUUCUUGGCCAUCAGGCUAGAUGGCUACGUGUUUAAGCCAUACCAGGCAACCAUGCCAGCGACGUUGGCGCUGCUGAUUUCCCAAUAUCAGAACACAGCUUUCUUGAACAACCUUCGUCGAUUGCUGGGUGUGCUUCUGGGUAAGGUGCUCCCGCUGCUGAUCAUGUCCUGGCUGUCUCUCAUGGGCUGCGGAUCAUGGCUCCGCUUAAUCGCCACGUUCCUGGCCAUCUGGUUCUAUGUUUGGAUUUUCACAUACAUGUACUUCACUUCGGAGUCCUGGAGCCUGGUCGGAUGCCUGAUAGCCGGCUUUGGUGUCUACCCGCUCCUUGAACCCUGCAGUGGUGACCUACACGCCGGUCUUUUCAACACGCGUUAUUGUGAGCUGGGACAGAUCACAAUGGCUCUGGCGGUGCAACUGACAGUGGACUUCCUGCUGAGGCGCGAGUCGGCCGAAGAUGCCGCGGUCCGUCAGCUGGGCAAGCUCCUCAAGCCGAUCUUCCUCUACGACCAGAGUGACAACAGGAAAUCAGGUCUCAAGGCCAUUCUGGAGAAUGAUUUAGCUGCCUUGCAAGAUGCACUGGAGGAGGCAGAUGCCUGUAUGGCCAGGGCCAAGUCCUUAGUUGCUGAAGCAGACCCCAGGGCCAGAAUUAUGGCAGGUCCCGCUACUCCUUUCAAAAUCUCGCUCUACGAAGCAUCUUUGAAGGUUCUCCAAGGCUGCCUGGAUGACUUGACCUUAUUGAUCAUGGCAAGAAAAAGUUGGGCAGAGAACGAAUCAGUCCGCGCUGACGAACGUGCUGUGCCAGGUGCCCGGCAGCGGAAGGCUGUGGCAUCGAAGGUCCUAGCGGUGAUCGUCCAAAGCCGCCUGGUCAAGGACCGACAGGAGCAACUUCACCAAGACGCAAAGAUUGUCUCGGAGGCGCUUCAGGUCAUCUUGGCCCAUCGCAUCGAGGCAAAGCUGAAUGACACUAGGUGGAAGCAACUCCUGAGCAUGCAGCGCUUUGGCUCAUUCUUGACGCAGUAUGACAUGAAGGACUACUGGCAGGAGGUGUCUCAGAGCAUGAAGCAAGAUGAGGAAGGUUACGAGCUCACGAAUCUCUUUCAGGUCAGAGUGCAAGUUGCAUCUCGUGCGUUCUGGCAGCUGGCAGAGAAGGUUGAUCUUGUCGCGGCUGCUUACGUUUCUCUGAAGGAGAACAGGCAUGACCUCCAGUCGGAAAGCCAAUGGGUUGACAACGAAGAUGGGAACACAGAUCAUGCAGAUCAAGUCAUCUCCUUCAUCGAACAGCAUGGCUUGGAGCUUGAGUGGAUCCUGGAGACGCACGCGCACGCAGACCACCUGUCUGCGGCGCCAUAUAUCCAAUCCAAGCUGGGUGGUAAGAUCGCCAUAGGCGAGAACAUCAAGCUUGUCCAGGAGGUGUUUUCGGGCGUCUUCAAUCUUGGGCCUAACUUCAAGAAGGACGGCUCACAAUUUGACCACCUCUUCACGGACGGCGAGGUCUUCAAGCUCGGCGAGCUCUCUGCGUCCGUGAUGUACACCCCUGGACACACACCGGCUUGUGUUUGCUACCUUAUCGGCGACGCCCUCUUCACUGGCGACACGUUGUUCAUGCCUGACUAUGGCACUGCCAGGUGCGACUUUCCUGGUGGCUCCUCCAAAACUCUGUACUCAUCCAUUCAGCGCAUCCUCGAACUUCCGGACACGACUCGCGUCUUUGUUGGCCAUGACUACUUGCCUAAGGGCGGCCGAACGCACUUCGCAUGGGAGACAACCAUCGGCGACGAGAAAAACAACAACAUCCACAUCGGUGGGGGGAAGUCGGAGGAGGAGUUUGUGAACAUGCGCGACAGUCGGGAUGCACAGUUGGCCGUUCCCAAGCUUAUCCUGCCAUCAGUGCAGUGCAACAUCCAAGCUGGGCGUUUCCCCGACCCUGACGCAAAUGGGAAGGUAUACCUAUCUGUGCCUAUCAAUGUGCUGAGCAACAAUGGCACCCUCCAUCCAUGA